AUGCAGCUGAUACCAUUACAGCUGUUACUUUGCAGCUUCCUCACGAUAGUGGCCGCGCGACCUGGAUUGCCUCGAGAUCGCCUGGUAGCAAAUGCGCAAGCGGAAGCGCAACAUCCUAUGGGCGAUGCAAAUCAGAGCAUACCACCUCCAGUCCGGAUCGACGACUCCUUCAACCCUAGCUACCCUUUCGAUGCGAGGGAGAGCUCGGUGGGUGUGGUAUUUGCGGAUCGACAAGGAGAGCUGCGGCACUUGUGGUUACCGAUAGGGAAGAGGGUGUUCGUCCGAGAUGCGCCUCAGCUACCCCUACAUCCUUGGACCGCGCGCAUCAGCACGCUGAUCAAUACGAGUCCAGAACUGGCGUUCCCGGAAAUGCUGAAGGAGAUUGUGUGUGAGGUGUCGACGCACAGCGUUGGUGCAUCACGGCCGGAGAAAGUCGAAUUCUCCAAGAAGGACGGGCGCGUGGAUUUUGCCGAUGAGGAAAGCCAGUUCUGGCUGGAAGACGGAGAAGUCGAGAGUUAUCUGUGUCGAUGA